UGGUGAUGGAGGGUAUCCGAGAAUUAGCGGUGCAGUUGCACCGGGUUCACGCACUUAAGUUCGGUAGCUUUGUGUUAAAGAGUGGACUCACUUCCCCGGUCUAUUUCGAUCUGCGGGUGAUCGUCUCUUACCCGGAGCUGCUUAACCAGGUGGCAGAUCUAUUAUCCAAAAAAGCACAGAUUGCAGCAAUUCGUUAUGAUUCAGUGUGUGGUGUUCCGUACACAGCUCUGCCACUCGCCACUAUCAUUUGCUCAAAGGAAAAUCUCCCAAUGUUAAUCAGGAGGAAGGAGGCCAAGGAUUAUGGAACAAAGCGAUUGGUGGAAGGCACAAUUAAUCCUGGAGAAACAUGUUUGAUAAUUGAAGAUGUUGUGACAAGUGGUUCCAGUGUCCUUGAGACAGUAGAUGUGCUGGAGAAAGAGGGUCUGCGUGUGACUCAUGCUGUUGUGCUGGUGGAUAGAGAGCAGGGUGGGAAGGAGAGACUGGCAGAGCGCGGUAUCAAUCUGCUCUCUGUAUUUACCUUGACGCAUCUCAUGCAUAUGCUGCAUGAGCUGAAGGCUGUUGAUGCAGAAACCGUGCAGAGAGUUAAAGAAUUUAUUCAUGAAAAUAAGCUUGCUGUUCAGCAAUCUGAUACUACCAAGAAACGCCAUGUAUGGAUGAGCUAUGCCUCUCGUGCCCAACUCCCUAGCACACAUCCUUUGGCUGCUCGACUUCUUACCAUUAUGGAGGCCAAGAAGACAAACCUCUGUCUGUCAGCUGAUGUUACAAACUCUGCAGAACUGCUUCAGCUGGCAGCACAGCUGGGACCUGCCAUAUGCAUGUUAAAGACCCACAUAGACAUUUUGACAGAUUUUACACCAGAUGUCACAACCCAGCUGCAAGAUCUUGCUAAGCAGCAUCAGUUCCUCCUUUUUGAAGAUCGUAAAUUUGCUGAUAUUGGGAAUACUGUGAAACACCAAUAUGAAGGUGGCAUCUAUAAAAUCUCUUCUUGGUCUGACGUGGUGAAUGCGCAUGUUGUACCGGGCCCAGGAGUAGUCCUGGGGCUGCAGCAGGUUGGCUGUGCAUUGGGAAAAGGCUGCCUAGUCAUAGCAGAGAUGAGUUCCCAGGGAUCACUAGCAACUGGGGAAUACACUAAGACAGCUGUUAAAAUAGCAGAGGAUCAUCCUGAAUUUGUAUUCGGAUUCAUUUCUGGCUGCAGGAUAAGUGAAAAACCGGAAUAUCUGCACCUGUCACCUGGCGUUCAGAUGCAGUCAGGAGGGGAUAAUCUUGGGCAGCAGUACCAGACUCCACAUAAAAUAAUCACCCAGAAGGGUUCUGACAUUAUAAUUGUUGGUAGAGGCAUCCUCUCAGCCACCAAUCGUCUUGAAGCAGCUGAGAUGUAUAGAACGGCAGGAUGGGAAGCCUAUUUGUCAAGGACACAGGAGUCAGAUUGAUGAACUGUGUAUGCCAUCUGCAUUAGAUGCAGAAAACAAUCUCCUUUACUUACUGAUGCGUUGAAGACUUGAACUCCACAGGAUAUGAAAUUACCUUGUUAGACAAGGGAAAGCUAUCCAUGGAGCAUUAUUUUUUUAUGAGUGAAAGUAUAUAGCUAUUCAGUCCAAUGCAUGUUAAUGCUGUUUACAUGAUUUUUUUUUUUUUUGCAUCACCAUAAAGUAAUACAACAACACAACAGAUUUACCACUAUCACUUACUAGGCUGUUUCAUACAUUCCAAAGACCCACACUCCAAACUUGUGUUUACUUUAUAUUUUUCACAUUGCUUUUAUAGAUUAGUUUAUUUUCAUUAUUAAAAAAAAAUAUGCUUAAACAGUCA